AUGGAUCUCCUCCAUAGCAAUGGCGUGCUUAUUAUUCAGCAUUUACAGAGGGACUACAGGGCUUACCAGGAUUUCCUUAAUUUUAUGUCACACGUUGGCGAUCCCCGGAAUAUAUUCUCAAUUUAUUUUCCUCUUUGGUUUCAGCUCAACCAAGUGGUUGGUACUAAAAUGAUAUGGGUGGCAGUCAUUGGUGAUUGGUUCAACCUCAUAUUUAAAUGGAUUUUAUUUGGCCAUCGCCCAUACUGGUGGGUGCAAGAAACAAUGCUUUAUCCCAAUCAGUCCAGCCCAUGCCUUGAACAGUUUCCUAUAACGUGUGAAACUGGACCAGGGAGCCCAUCUGGACAUGCCAUGGGAUCUUCCUGCGUGUGGUACGUGAUGGUCACAGCGGCACUUAGCUACACAGUUAGGUGGAAAGAUAAAUCAGCAGUUACCCUUCACAGACUGACAUGGUCAUUCCUCUGGAGUGUUUUUUGGAUUAUCCAGAUCAGUGUGUGCAUCUCGAGAGUAUUCAUAGCAACGCAUUUCCCCCAUCAAGUUAUUCUUGGAGUAUUUGCUGGCAUUCUGGUGGCAGAAGCCUUUGAGCAUACUCCUGCUAUUCAGACAGCAAGCUUGAGCAUGUACAUGAAGACAAACUUGUUUCUUUUCGCCUUUGCCCUUGGCUUCUACCUAGUCCUCAAGCUCCUUGAUAUUGACUUGCUAUGGUCCGUUCCGAAGGCCAAGAAGUGGUGUGCCAACCCGGACUGGAUAAACAUUGACACAACGCCCUUUGCUGGACUGGUGAGGAAUCUAGGUGCACUCUUUGGCUUAGGUCUCGGAAUUAACUCUGAAAUGUUCUUCACGAGCUGCAAAGGUAAAAAUAGCUGUAAGAUAAGUUUCCGUGUAUUAUGUGUAGCUGCUUCUUUAGCUACACUGCAGCUGUAUAAUUUCGUUAAGAUACCUACUCAUACUGAGUACUUGUUCUACGUUCUCUCUUUCUGUAAGAGUGCAGCUAUGCCUCUGACUGUAGUUGCCUUGGUUCCGUACGGUGUCCAUUCCUUAAUGAGGACAACUGAAAAGAAACUUAACUAG